GACAGCUCGUUCCGCCUCUCAGACGAAGCCAGCAAUCAUGGACGAGGAGCUCUCCGAACUCGAAAGUGGCGCGGUGAUGAGAGACCACAGCCUGGAUAUGAUGAACGUUUGCUAUCUCGACCUGCUGGACCAAUCGUUGCUCAAGGGCGAACAGCAGCAGGCGGCCAUGGACAUUGGCGCUGAUUGCUUGCCUGACACCACCUCGCUGCUGCCGACGGCAUCGGAAGGCAGCCUACCUCUGCGGCGAAGCCUCUGCCACACUGCGACUCCCGGUGACAAUCAGCGACUGACCGAUAAACAAGGCGACAGUGCGGUCACUCCGAUCAAGUCCGGCGAGUUGAAGGCCACGGGCGGAUGGCGAUCCUUCCUGAGCAAGGCUCCCCGGCCUGUGGUCCUCAUCUACAUCGUGCUGGGUGUAGCCAUCGCGAUCCUGUUCGCGUACGCGAUCAUUGCCACCGCCCGCCUUGUUCCCGAUCGUCCGAGGCAGGGCCUGGUGCAGUCAUCUAACAACACGGAUGCCGCUUCGGGCUAAAUAAUGCGCUCCAAUCCGCAUAAAAAAUUUUCAUUUCUUUUCGAAAUAUACUUUGUAGUGAUGAAUGUGA